CGAGUAAUGGUUAGCAUGACCCUUUUACCGUUUGAACAGUCUCGAUUAAUUAACGCCGUUUGUUGCUCUCCGCCUAUGAAGUGAGUCACUAUCCUUUCCCAAUUCAUUUUCCAAAUUCCGCUUUUCAUUGUUUGCUCGAUGUACGCAGGGCUAGGGUUCCGAAUUCCUUCGCCAAAGCCGCCUAGCUUCCCGUCGACGGCCAAUUCGCGAUGCUUUUUUUACACCGAUAUUUAAUAUAUGUUGUUAUUCGAUCCACAGUUGUACUCCGUAGUAGAAAUGGAGGGGGUGGAGCUGCCGCCAAGGGAAAGACCAAAGCUCCGGCGUCGUCGUCAUAUACCUACUGGGUUAGGGAAAAGACAUCAGACGCUGCACCCCUUCCAGUUCCCCGGAAACUCAACCUUGAUGACCAACCUAACAACGAAACCCAUGCCCGGCUUGGCUCCGCCUGGAAUUCGGGGCUUAGUAGCAUAAAAUUGAAGUUCGUUGUUGAAGUAGAAGAAGCCGAUUUGAUAAGAAGCUGGAACUACUCCAUUAUGAAAACUAGAAGCAUAGGGUGAAGAAUUGAAGAUUGUUUGAUACUCAUUUGGGUGUUUUGCAUAAAAUUUUGAUGAAAGGUCACUUUAGACAAUCCGGUCCGUUGCUACUCAUUUGUAUAGCAUAAAUUUGAAGUUCGUCGUUCAAGUAAAAGAAACUGGUUUGAUAAAAAGCUAGGACUGCUCUAUUAUGAAAAUGGGAAGAAUAGGGUGUGAAAAUUAAAGACUCAGAGAUUCUUCUUCAAGGUAUUGAGGAAAUUGAUUCACGUCAUGUAGUCUGUACACAUUUUUACAGUCAAAUUACUUGAGCUAUUCUCACAUGCCAUCUUAUUCAAAGUUAGAAUUGCGUGUCUGACUGUAUUAAAGAAUGGAGUGCUAACUAUUCUUGUAUUUUUAGUCCCGAGGAGAUUGUGAAAGUUCUAUAUAAUAGUUUUGGCUAUUAUGUGCAGUUCUUGCCAAUGUGAGUUCUCUCAUAUCCAUAAUGUUUAUUCAACAGACAUGUUUUCAUGUUGAGAACUUUAAAACUGACAUACAUGGCCUCUUCCAUUCUGUUCGUUUCUUUGUCCUAUUUUACCCCCAAGGGGUUUUGGAUCACAUGGAUUCCAGUAAACGAAAUAUUGAGAAGGAACUAAAAGAGCUUGUGAAGUUCAUCCGUUUUUUAUUCUCACUGAUGCUUACUUGAUUGCAUUUACAUACACACUUAUUAUACUGUUGACCUUCAAUUAUGUAAGGAUAUCUAUACUCUUCCUCUUAAAUUUCAGUCUAAGAUUCCUGUUGAGACAACGAACAACUACCGGCAAGCAACAGUCACCUAAAUGUAUUAAAAGAUUAUCUCCAGCUUAUGUGAUAUGCUCAAGCAGUGAACAAUGCUCACAUUCUUUUAGAUUGUUUGUUACUUACUUCUAAUAUAGCAGCAAUUAACAUGAAAAUUUGAUUAUUGAUCUUUGCAUAGCACUCCAAUACUAUGUUUAUAACUUUAUACAAUCUGUUUCCCUCUUUAAUUGGAGAAUCAUUACAUAAAAUUUGAUUUCGAUUUUCUUAUACAAUCUGUUUCUCAGCUACAAUAAUCAAAUACUUUUGAUUUUCUUUCAGGUAUAAGAAUAUAUUGAUUUUGAAAGUGGGAAAAGUGUGCUACUGUUACCCUGGCCAACAUUUUAAUUCUCUUGGAAUUGAAACAGUUUGUGAAGACAUGAAAGAACACAAACUAGAAAACACAGUCAAGUUUUAACCCAGUCAAGUUUCUUAGGAUGUCUGCGUCUAUGAAAUAAAUUAGUUUUACGGAGGGAUUACUAAUGCUCCUGAAAAUCUAAUGCUCGUUGUAGACGGUGCAGUGAAGAACAAGUUUAAUUGAUAGAUAUCAUCCAGGCGGGACACGUGGAUCGUCUCAUCUUUUUAAUGUUCCAAGUUACUAUGUAGAUAAUAUGCAUAUUGCCUCUCUUGCAGGUGGGACUUUUGUUUAUACAAGGGCAGUAUGCUUGAACAUCUUGAUGGUCAUACAGCUAUAGUUCAUAAGUGUCUGCAUCGUGAUUGGCUUCCUUGGGGUAUGAAGGGAAGAGAUUUUCUUCUGCAACACUAUUGGAGACGGGAAGAUGACAGAGCAUAUGUCAUUCUGUACCAUUCUGUGUUUCACCAGAAGUGUCCACCUCAAAUCGGAUAUGUCUGUGCCUGCCUUAAAAAAUUCUUUCUUCUCAUUCUUCCUAAGCGCUGGAAUGCUCUCUGCCUAUGAAUUAUGCAAUUUCAGCAACUUGACCAAUACCAGGCAUAAUUUCAGCCAUAUUCAUCCACUCAAAAUGAAAAAAAGAACUUGUUCAUUUAGUGGAUAGAUAAAAUUUGAACAGUAAAAUGGCAGAUAUAUGUGCCUUUGAUAGAGAAUGAGACAAUAACAACUUGAUCAAGUGUAUUGAGAAUGGUUUUCCGUGGAUUUGAAGGGUCAGCACUUGGUAGUUGCUCAAUCCAUUGGAUUUCCAGAAAUCUUAGUAUCAUUUGUGAUGGACUGAAAAAACAAAAGAUCAUGGCGGGAAUGAUUCCUUUACGUACUACAUUCACACAGUCCAUGGGAGAAAAAUUAUGGUUCUUGUUGUCGCCCCUUUCAAUGGAGUCCAAGCUGAUUGUGGAGUGAGCCCAGACUGGGUAAUGUUUUUACACGCUUCGGGUUACUUCAGGCUCUUACCACGGACAUUCAGAAGUAAAAGAGAACUAGAACACAAACUCCGCUACUAUAUGAACCGUGGAUUCUACAUGCCUCAACUUGCAGUGUGCCCACAAACACAUGAUGUUCACUACCCUGACGUGUUACAGUUUGCUAUUGUUUGGUUCUUGAUCACUAUUCCUGACAUAGAAAUUGUUAAAAUUCCUCCAUGCAUGCACAUGCAUUUGCUAGAACACACCCGCCAGUAUGCUAAGCUUCUCUUGUGAAAGUGGAAAACUUCACUUUUACUAAUGGCUUUGGAGAGUUUUUCAUAGAAAACAAUGUCCCUUUUGGCUCCCAUGUUCUGUUAAGGCAUGUCGGCAAUUUCACGUUUCAAGUCCUACUAUUUGAUAGAGAUGGGUUCGUCUUGAACUUGGCUGCGCCUCCUUCAAAUGCUAUUAUGGAUGAAACUCCACCAGCAAAGCUGUGAAACUUUCCUGCGCCAUGCAAGUGACGCAAAAGGGCGCCUGAAAGUUUUCCUUGGAAGAGACGACGCAUAUAUGGUGACUGGAGAUGGACCAAUACUGCGCCAACUUAAAAUGACCUUUCAGCUGAAGAAAUGCACAAUCCUCGUAUUCUUCAAGCAUGACGGGGGUAGGGUGCGCCUUAUUGCCAUAUCGCGUUACGGUGUUGAAGAUCCACCACUGAACUGUCAUAGUUACGAGAUAGCAACAUCAUCAUCUGCCCACCCUGCUGUCCACCGCUGAUAUGCUAACAACCUCUUGUUAUUUUUUUAUUGUUCUUUUUGUGUCCAUUUCAAUUGCUUUGCUCCAACAACUACAACCAUGCACACUUGUUGCCUUUUUUGUCCUUAUUCCCAAGCCAUGAACAUUGUAUCCCUAACUUGUCCACUUCUUUUGUUACUUUGGGUUGAUAUCCCCAUUUCAUCUUUCCAUUUUGGAUGCCUAAUUACACAUGUUGUUUUAUCAUGAUACCAUUCCCAAUUGUGAC